CUGCCUGGAGAAUCAGAGAUGAUUUCAGCUCUAGCCUUCGUUUUCCUCCUCUGCCUCUCCUGCCCUUUUUCAUCAUGUCAGCAGAGAAGGGCUGGAGGUGAAGUUGGGCCAGAAAUGCUGGAAGAGAUGAGAGAAACUAACCGUGUGCUAAUGGAAGUUCGGGACUUGCUGAAACAGCAGAUUAAGGAGAUAACAUUCCUGAAGAAUACAGUCAUGGAGUGUGAUGCCUGUGGCAUGCACACCGAGGCCACAGGCCCUGUCAUCACCGUGACACAGUUUAACAGAUGCCUCCCAAACUCCUGCUUCCCUGGCGUGGCCUGCACCGAGACCGGCACCGGCUUCCGCUGCGGACCCUGUCCCCCCGGUUAUUCAGGCAACGGCACCCACUGCACAGACAUCAAUGAGUGCAAUGCAAACCCCUGCUUCCCGAAGGUCCAGUGCAUUAACACCAGCCCUGGCUUCCGCUGUGAUCCCUGCCCUCCCGGCUUCACCGGCCAGAUGGUCGAAGGGGUUGGACUGGCCUAUGCCAGAGCCAACAAACAGGUUUGUACUGACAUCAAUGAGUGUGAGACAGGUGCUGCCAGAAACUGUGUCCCCAACUCCAUCUGCAUCAACACGCGGGGAUCCUACAAGUGCGGGGCUUGUAAACCUGGUUUUGUUGGGGACCAAGUGAGUGGCUGCAAGAGCCAGUCAGUGAGACGCUGCCCUAAUGGAGAGAUCAGCCCGUGCCACGAGAAAGCAGAAUGCAUCGUGGAGCGCGACGGGUCCCUCUCCUGCGCGUGCCUCGUGGGGUGGGCAGGGAACGGCUACGUGUGCGGGAAGGACACGGACAUUGAUGGGGUCCCUGAUGAGAAGCAACGCUGCUCAGACAAAAAGUGCCGCAAGGAUAACUGCAUGACUGUCCCCAACUCCGGCCAAGAGGAUGCAGACAGGGAUGGAAUUGGAGAUGCUUGUGAUGAUGAUGCUGAUGGAGAUGGGAUAUUAAAUGCUGAGGACAACUGCGUGUACACGCGCAACGCCGACCAGCGCAACGCGGACAAGGACAACUUCGGUGACGCCUGCGACAACUGCCGCCAGGUGAAGAACAACGACCAGAAGGACAUUGAUGGGGAUGGGAAGGGAGACGAGUGCGACGAUGACAUGGAUGGAGAUGGGAUCAAAAACGCAGUGGACAACUGUAGAAGAGUUCCUAACCCUGAUCAGAAAGAUACCGACGGCGAUGGAGUAGGAGACCUGUGUGACAGCUGCCCCACAGUCAGUAACCCAGACCAGAAAGAUACCGACCACGAUCUGGUGGGAGAUGUCUGCGACACCAACCAGGACAGCGAUGGGGAUGGCCACCAAGACACACGGGAUAACUGCCCAUCAGUGCCCAACAGCUCCCAGGUGGACACAGACAAUGAUGGGCUGGGAGAUGAAUGUGAUGAUGAUGAUGAUGAUGAUGGGAUUCCAGAUGAGAAACCUCCAGGCCCUGACAACUGUCGGCUUGUCCCUAACCCUGGCCAAGAAGACUCGGAUGGUGAUGGUGUGGGAAACCUCUGUGAAGAUGACUUUGACAGAGACAUGGUGAUCGACAGGAUUGACGUGUGCCCAGAGAACGCAGAGGUGACACUAACAGACUUCAGGGCUUUCCAGACGGUUGUAUUGGACCCUGAGGGUGAUGCACAGAUUGACCCCAACUGGAUUGUCCUCAACCAGGGCAUGGAAAUUGUCCAGACCAUGAACAGUGAUCCCGGCCUGGCCGUAGGCUACACGGCAUUCAACGGGGUGGACUUUGAGGGCACGUUCCAUGUCAACACUGCCACAGAUGACGAUUAUGCUGGUUUCAUAUUUGGCUACCAGGACAGUUCCAGCUUUUAUGUGGUCAUGUGGAAGCAGAUGGAACAGACGUACUGGCAGGCAAACCCCUUCCGAGCAGUAGCAGAACCUGGAAUUCAACUGAAGGCAGUGAAGUCUAAAACAGGCCCAGGGGAGUAUCUCCGCAAUUCCCUCUGGCACACGGGAGACACCACAGACCAGGUCAAGCUGCUGUGGAAGGACCCUCGCAACUCCGGCUGGAAGGACAAGACCUCCUACCGCUGGUUCCUGCAGCACCGGCCUCAGGUCGGAUACAUCAGAGCCCGUUUCUAUGAAGGACCUGAAGUAGUAGCAGACACGGGAGUUGUCCUUGACACAACCAUGCGAGGAGGCCGCCUGGGAGUCUUCUGCUUCUCCCAAGAGAACAUCAUUUGGUCGAACCUGCGUUACCGCUGCAACGACACCAUCCCAGAAGACUACGAAACAUUCCGAGUUCAGCAAGACUGA